AGGCACAAGCACACGUGAGUGAUGCAGAGAGUGAAGAGUAGAGUUGGAAGAGGAAGGAGUGAAAGGUGUUUUCCAUAUUCUAGAAAGGAGUUUGAGUAGUAAUAAUAAUAAUGAAGAGUGAUGUGCCCAAUUUGGGUAUACUAGUACUAGUGCCAGUGGUGCUGCUGCUGCUAAUGCCAAUACUUGAUGAUGUCUGUGUUUCUUCUUCCUCCCUCUCUCUCACUCCCAACGACAACCACCGCAAUCUUCUCGCUAAUCGCCUUGCCAUUACUCCUCCUAUGGGGUGGAAUAGCUGGAAUCACUUCCACUGCAUGAUUGAUGAGAAUAUGAUCAAACAAACUGCUGAUGCUCUGGUUUCAACUGGCCUUGCUAAACUUGGUUACAAAUAUGUCAAUAUAGAUGAUUGCUGGGCUGAAAUUGAUCGUGACAAUGAGGGUAAUCUAAUGGCUAAGAAAUCAACAUUUCCUUCUGGUAUUAAAGCUCUUGCAGACUACGUUCACAGCAAAGGUCUUAAGCUAGGAAUCUACUCGGAUGCAGGUUAUUUUACUUGUAGCAAAAUGAUGCCUGGCUCACUUGGUCAUGAAGAACAAGAUGCCAAAACCUUUGCUUCGUGGGGUAUUGAUUAUUUGAAGUACGAUAACUGUAACACUGAUGGUUCAAGGCCAACUGUUCGAUACCCUGUAAUGACCCGAGCUUUAAUGAAGGCAGGCCGUCCCAUCUUCUUCUCGCUAUGUGAAUGGGGAGACCUGCACCCAGCUUUAUGGGGUGCUGAGGUUGGAAAUAGUUGGAGAACUACUAAUGAUAUUUCUGAUUCAUGGGAAAGUAUGGUCUCUAGAGCUGACAUGAAUGAAGUUUAUGCUGACCUUGCAAGGCCUGGUGGCUGGAAUGAUCCUGACAUGCUUGAGGUGGGAAAUGGAGGAAUGACAAAAGAUGAAUAUAUAGUCCAUUUUAGUAUAUGGGCCAUGUCUAAGGCUCCUCUUCUCAUUGGCUGUGAUGUGACAAAUGCAACAAAAGAAACCAUGGAAAUCAUUGCAAAUAAAGAGGUGAUUGCUGUUAACCAAGAUAAACUCGGUGUUCAAGCUAAAAAGGUCAGAAUGGAAGGGGAUAGUGAGGUUUGGGCAGGGCCCCUUUCAGAGUAUAGAGUAGUUGUACUCCUUCUCAACCGUGCUUCUAUUCGCUUUUCCCUGACAGCCCAGUGGGAUGACUUAAGAAUUCCUCCCAACACUAUUGUAGAAGCAAGAGAUCUUUGGGAGCACAAGACCUUGAAGACACGAUUUGUCGGGAACCUGACAGUCACUGUGGAUUCCCAUGCAUGCAAGAUGUAUAUCUUGAAGCCUAUUUCUUGAGAAACCCUUUUUUAUCAGCACGCAGUCUCUUGGCUAGUUUCUACUGCCAUAUUGAACUUCAAUUUAGUAGCUGAUGUCACAAAUGAUGGUAAAAAAUAAAAUUAAGUCUAUUUGACUUUUGGAUGUAUUUACUAAUAAAGAUUGGAUGCAAUAUUGUUCCCUUUCAUCUCCCAUGGAUGUGAAAAGUUUGAUCUUUUUAUUGA